AUGGGCUCUGGCUGCAGCUUCUCUGCGCAGCUGGAGCUCCUACUAGGAGCGUUGCUCCUACUGCUGGUGGGCAGAGACCUGGCGGAGGGAAAUAACGCCACCGAGCUCAAGACCCCCAACUUACUCAUUUCGGAGGGCGGCAUCAGCGAGGAAGGUUUCCCGGACUUGCCGCCUGUUAACCCUCACUCAUUUUCAAGCUCCAGGGAAAGCCCCUUACUAGAAGGUAUAAAUAAUACAGUAACCAAGGAGGUAGAAUAUGGAAUGUGCACAGUUACAUGUGGCAUUGGAAUUAGAGAAGUUGUAUUAACAAGGGGAUGCCCUGGAAGGGAAUCAAAGUGUGUUGUUCGAAUGGAAGAAUGUAGAGGACCGAUAGACUGUGGAUGGAGGAGACCAAUUUCAGAAAGCCUUUCUACGGUGAAGCUUGGUUGUAUUUAUGUACCACCAGAGAAUCGUUUCAGGUAUAUAUGGAAAAUGCUUAUUACAGACGAGCAAGCACUCAUUCUUCCCCAUGACACAGCUAUCCUUGAAGUACACCGGGAAACUCACCCUGAAGCAUUCCAGUGUGACACAACAGAAAACAAUGAAAUAGUUGCCUCUGUAAAGUAUACUGUAUAUACCACGGAAGAAUUACAGGCAAGAAGAGUAAGCAGACCACAGACUGAUAUAAUACUGAUAUUUGUCCUAAUCACUGGUGUUAUUGUUUGUAUCGGUGUGAUCUUUUCUUUAGUCUUCAUAAUUAUUCACUGGAAUAGUGUAAAAAAAUUCUGGGCAGCAAAAGGUUCUGUUUCAGAGAUUCAUUCUGAAGAGAGUUCAAUAAGAUUCAAAGAUACAGCUUCUAUGGAACCAUUACCAACAGAUAGCAUUGAGAUUGAAGAAGAUCAUUUGGCCCAAUGGAACGAGUGA